AUGUCCAAAAAAUUAAAACUGAAUCCAGAAAAAAGCGGUAGUGGGAGAUUAUUCCACGAACAGUGGACAGUGGAUUUUGGUGUAAUUCAAAACAAUAAUAAGGUACUAUGUUGCUUGUGUAACGAAACAGUUGUAAGCCGUAGUUUUAAUGUUAAAAGACAUUUCGAGACAGUUCAUAACAAUAUAUUUUCUCUAUCGGCUGAAGAAAAAUUAGAAUUGAUUUCUCAAAAAGUAAAAUUUUUUAGAAGUCAAUCAAACAAAUUUAAAGUGGCGUUCAAGCAAAAUAAUAAUUUAUCAGCCGCUAGUUUUUCUGUGUCACAUUGCAUUGCGCAGCAUGGUAAGCCACUUUCUGACGGAGAAUACUUAAGAGAAGUUUUCGUUAAGGCGUCUAACAUUUUGUUUCAUGAUUUUACUAAUAAAAAUGAAAUAAUAAAACGUAUUAACGAUUUGCCUGUUAGUAGAAAUACUGUAAAAGAUCGUAUUAUUUGUAUGAGUAAUGAUAUAACAGACCAGCUUCAAACAGAUUUGGCUUCAGAAAAUUAUUUUUCAAUCUGUCUUGACGAAAGUACAGAUGUAACUUCACAGGCGCGACUAGCAGUCUUUGUUAGGUUCAGUAGUGUUAAUAUUAUGAGGGAAGAAUUAAUAAAAUUAAUGACGAUUUCUACUAAAACAACUGGUCAAGAUAUUAUGAAUGUAGUACUUAAAGAAUUCGCCAAUUUAAAAAUAAAUAUAAAUAAUAUUGUUUCAAUAACUACGGAUGGUGCCCCUAAUAUGGUUGGCAAACACAAUGGAUUUGUUCAACUUUUUUCGAAAGAAAUUUCUCAUCCGUUAAUCAGUUUUCAUUGUUUAAUACAUCAAGAAGCGUUGUGUGCUAAAGACAGCUUGAAAUCGCUUCAAAAUGUAAUGGAAGUAGUUACAAAAGUUGUCAAUUUCAUUACAUCUCGUGCUUUAAAUAACCGACAAUUUACUAAAUUAUUAGAUGAAGUUGAAUCACAAUACGCUGGCCUUUUAAUGUAUAACAGUGUUCGUUGGUUGAGUCGUGGUCAAGUUCUUCAUCGAUUUGUUGAAUUAUUAGAAGAAAUACGAUUAUUUUUAUUCGAAAAAUCUCAAGACUAUCCAGAACUUAAAGAUUUAAAUUGGUUGAACGAUUUAAUGUUUUUCACUGAUUUUACUACAAUGUAUAAUGAAUUAAAUAAAAAACUUCAAGGGCCCGGUCACAUAGUCUUAACAAUCAGUAUUAAAACCGAAAACCUAAUUCUUAUUGAGUGGAAAAGUCUACCAAAUUCAUUUACAUCCAUGAAAAAAUUAGCACUUUCAUUAUUGACUAUGUUUGGUUCUACAUAUACAUGUGAGCAGCUAUUUUCCUCCAUGAAUUUUAUCAAAUCCACUUUGAGAAAUCGUCUUGGAACAGAUAUCAGUGCAGCAUGUAUUCAAUUAAAAUCAACAAAUUAUAAUCCCAGGAUUGUUUCGUUAGCUGGAAAUAUGCAGCAACAAAUUUCUCAUUAA